CCUUUUUACACACAAUCAUCUAUCGUUAAUUACCUUAUCGACUAAUAUUAUUUUGUAUGUAUUUCAUUUUCAUUUUUACAGACAAUGUAUUACCCGAAGAAACGAAAAUUCCAGAUUGGGAUAUUAGAGGUAUGGCUACGGCGCAAGAGUUUGAUCAGGCGUCUGUCAUGGCGCCUGUUCUUCCGAUGGUUCCCAUGAUGUUCCCUAUGAUAAUGGCGCCUGUGGAACCAACCCCUAACAUCCAAGAGGACUGGGUAGAAGAAGGGUAUUGCUUGUAUUUGUGUAAGGACAAUUUUGAAACUUUCAUCGACAAACAAGUGCAAUAUUUGAAAGAAUUCAUUGUGAAAAGUAUAAUAGACGCUACAGAAACCAGUAACGAUGGUUGGACGCCAGAUUUGACGUUGAGAGGAGUGCAGAACGAAAUACAGUACGUGGUGUGGACUCGCGAUGAAUUGUCUAAGAAUUGGUUGUUGAAGCUUGAUUUUUCGAAAUUCGGCUAUUUUAAUGUUAUAAUUUAUACAUCACAAGAUUUCGCAAAUGAGCGUGCCGCUAUUUGGCUUCCGGGUCAUCCGAAAAAAAGAAGUAUACCACCCUUGAAAAAACUUAUAAUGCAGAAUAAACAUUUAGACAACGUUAAUAUCCAAACGUGGAAAUUAGUUAGAGAGAUCAUCAUCGAGAAAGGGACGAGGUUAUACGUUGAUAUGCCUCCGUCUUCGUCUCGAGCUUUGGAAAAGUAUAAUAUGUCUUUAAGUUACGAACUUCAGAAAGUUCAAGUGUUCCUGAGAGCGAUCGCAAUCGACAAGGAUGCGUUUGACGCCGGUCUGAAAGAGAUAUCAGCAAUAGGUUCUUCAAAUCUGUACCAGAAGAAUGCUCCGAUGCCGGCCAUCGAUGCAGAAGCACCAAACGUUAUUAAACUUUGUCUAGACAAUACACCUGUUAGCGUGUCCACCGCUCGGAAAAUUAAAGAAGAAUUGAUAUUGCAAAUAUAUAAACAUAUUAAGGACGGCGGCCAAAGUAAAAUAGAUUUCCUCAAAUACGGAUACUGUAAGCCGGGUUACUUUUGCGUUAUUCCUGAAAAUACGGAAACAGCGAAGUGGGUGAAGAGUAUACGUAUGCGUAAAUUCAAUAAUCACACGAUUACGGUUUGUGACGCCGAAAAGGUAAGCGUUAAAUAUAUUACGAUGACGUGUCUAUUGCCGUACGAACAGUGCUUAACUCCGAAAAAGGUAAUAGAAAAGUUUAAGAUAUGCAAUGGUGGUGUAAGAGGGCUCAAGUUUAAUCUAUGGAAGAAUGGUCUCGUUUUCUCAACGAAAAACAAUACAAAAAUGUGCUAUCGCGCUGACGUCGAUCUCGAGUCUGUUGAAUCACUUAUAAAAUUAAAUUUUUGUCUCGAUUACUCGAAAGAUCGUAGUAAAAAUGAAACUGUUCAUAUGAAAUGUCACUAUAAAGUUAAAAAUCUUAAAGACAUGAUAAAACAAUUUAAAGAAGAAACGACGGAUACUACGCACGUUAUCAAUAUGGAUAUAUCAUCUGAAGAAGAAGAUGUAAUUUGUCUUGAUUAAGUUAACAUCGUGUGUGAAUAUUGUU